AUGGCUCACGUGCAAGAACACUUGCAGCGCGAAGGCCGAGCAUGCUACAAGCGACAUGAGUAUGCCAGAGCGCUUGAGUUGUUCGAUAGAGCUAUUGGACGUGCAGAGUCUGUUCACCUCCUUGACAACCGCGCCGCAUGCUACGAAAAGCUCAAUAGUCUCCCAGCGGCGCUCAAGGAUGCAAAGCAAGCGAUCCAACUUCAGCCGCAGGACGCGACAGGUUACUUGAGAGCGGGUAAAGUGCUGGUGAAAAUGGAGAAGCACAGCGUAGCAUUGGGACUGUACACGUACGGCCUGAAGAGCAUCAGACACCAGGGUCAAGGCUACGAGCUCUUGCGCAAGGCCCAUACCGUGCUACAGCACCAGCUGGCACCACCAAGGAGUGUAGAUCCAUUGGCUGUGCUCCCUCGCGAGCUGGCCGAGUUCAUUCUCGAACACCUCAACUUCCAACAGCGAAUAAACGCUUGUCUGGUCUCCAUGCAAUGGACGCAUUUCAUUCGAUCAACUCCGUCACUAUGGAGCCAUGUUGACCUGAGCGUAGCCAGACGUAAGGUCCGCAACGAUUUCAUCAGCCGCGCCAUCAAUAUUGGGCGUGCCAAGAUCAAGGCUGCUACACUCAACAACCUGCUAGACGCAAAUCGUGCGCUGUCCGCUCUACUCCAACAUUGUCCGCUUCAAGAGCUUACACUACUCGGUACGGGCAUUCUUGACGCAGGUUUACUUAACAGUCUGAGCAAGGCCAAGCACCUUCGAUCUCUACGCGUUGCAAAGGAUACCGAGAUGGGCAACACGACUUGGACAGCCCUCCUUCGGACACUCAACCCCGCAAUGGAGGCAUUGCAUGUCACUCUAAGAGGCUUCAGUGUAUCUAGCAUCCCAAUGCCGUAUAAGCACCUCCACACUAUAAGCAUAGAUGCGAUGCUGUACGAUCAAGCCUUCUGGGACAAGAUAUCAACAUCUCUACCCAAUCUCCGAUCGCUGACCGCUCAUCAAAGCCCCAUGAAUCGACUCACCGAAAGGUGCGGCGUUGAUUUAACGGAAAUGAGCAGGCUCGAGACGGUGGACCUAAGACUGAAUCACUUGGAUCUUGACCUUCUGCGACUACCACCAACCGUUCUCUACCUUAGGCUGAGCUCACAUCAAUACACAUGGUUUGGCGGCAACUCUAAUAGUAUUGGAGACUUGCCACGGUUGCAGGAGCUUAAACUCGACUUCGCGCCUGCUGUGCCUUUGGCAUUAGUAAAUUCUUUCCUCGCGAUCUCUGAUGGCAACUGCGGAGCGAAACCUUCUGAGUUGCGCAACGUCACUUUCACGCUAGUCGAUUCCGGUGGGAAAGAAGAAACUAUCCUGAUGCUUUUGGAACACGCGCGAUUGCGUAACUUGCGCGAAUUCGCCCUGCAUGGCGGAAUGGUGGCCGAUGCCACCUGUUCAUCCAUAUGUGACAAGCUGCCUCACCUCGCAAGGCUUAAUCUUAGUGACACGAGUGUGACGGGAGUGGGCGUUAAAUCCGUGACGGGUCUUCGGAACCUCAAGGAAUUGGUCCUCAACAACUGCCCCCAGGUCGGAAGGGAUGCUGUGCAGUGGACGCGAACCCAGGGAAUCCGAGUACAAAGCCGCAACGCCCCCACCCAAGCUGGUGGCCACAAGGUGAGGUAUUAA